UGUCUAUGGUAAAAGCUGAACCUUGUUUUGCAUUAUUCGAUUAAAUGUAAAUGAUUUCUGAAAUUUUUAAGUGAUAAUUUUGUGAAUUGAGUGGAAGAAGGUCCAAUUUUUAGAAGCUGUUGCACUGCUGAUGGUGCUUACAGAGAAAUGCGAAGUUCAUUCAAGUCUUCCUUCGGAAGUCAAAGCACGCACCGUCCACAUAAAAUGGGCUACUUCAGCAGCAGAAUUUUGCCCUCUGAGCCCAGCCACUUCACGAAGCUGUACUUUGAUAUCGCACCCGGCCAGCUACCCAUCGUCUACCGUGACGAGUACAAUGUCCACUUUUUGGGUCUCGAAAAACUGCACCCAUUCGAUGCGGCCAAAUGGGGACACAUUUUCCAGUAUCUUAAAGAAGCAGGCGUUAUUGACGAGACCGCCGUAGUCAAGCCAAACGAGGCGUCUGAUGAAGACUUGUCAGUAGUUCACACAAGGCAGUAUCUGGACAGCUUGAAGUGGAGUUGGAAUGUUGCUGCCAUUGCAGAGAUCCCACCGUUAGCUGUGGUACCGAACUUUCUUGUCCAGUCAAGCUAUCUACGGCCAAUGAGGUUCCAGACGGGGGGCAGCGUCCUGGCCGGGAAGCUGGCCGUGGAGUGGGGGUGGGCGGUCAACCUCGGCGGGGGGUUCCACCACUGCAGCGCGGGGAGGGGCCAGGGCUUCUGCCCCUACGCCGACAUCACCCUGCUGGUGCGCUGCCUGCUCGCGCACUCGCCGGCCGUGAAGAGGGCCAUGAUCGUCGACCUGGACGCCCACCAGGGUAACGGACACGAGCUGGACCUGGGCAGCUGUCGGAACGUGUACAUCCUGGACGUCUACAACAGCGGCAUCUUCCCCCAGGACUUCAAGGCCAAGGCGGGGAUAUCCCGCAACGUGGAGCUGCGGCACUACACGCAAGACGAUGAGUACCUGAACGCAGUCGAGGAGAACUUGGAAGCAGCACUACAGGAAUUCCACCCAGACAUCCUCGUUUACAACGCGGGGACGGACAUUUUGGAAGGCGAUAGCCUGGGCCUGCUUUCCGUGUCUGCCGAGGGCAUCAUUCGCAGAGACGAGCUGGUGUUCACGAAGGCGCGGGAUCACCGGGUGCCGAUAGUGAUGCUCACAAGUGGUGGGUAUCAGAAGAGGACGGCCAGGAUAAUCGCAGACUCCAUCCUGAACCUCUUCAACAAGGGGCUGAUUUCAAGAACCAACAGAAACGUUCGGUAAAACAGUGCGCUGUGACGCUUGUGUGUCGUUAUGAUCAAGUGCCAAUCGUUUUGAUACCAGUUUAAAAGGGUGUAAUUUUAAUUAGAAUAGAAACUUUUUUAAAAUUUAAUUUAUAUUCUUGAGAACCUUCAAACAAACAGAUGUACAACUGUUACGAAAAAAAAAGAUAACAGUCAGUGUUCUUAAGAGACUGUUGCCAUGUUUCAAGUUUUUUUUUUGCCAUAGCAGUGUUACAAAUAUGUAUGUCAUUUGAUUAAGGCAUUUGUUUCCCAUCAUGUAUACAUUAGUAGCCGUUAAAAAUUAGUUACUCAAUCCCUGAAUUCACAUGCUUAGUGUUUGUAAGUGGGCACAUUACUAUCAUAAUGUAAAUAUAGUUUAUGUAGCUUCCAACACAGGUGUCCAGCAAGGUAUUUAACACAAUUAUUGUAUUAAGUACUAUCUUAUAUAAUCAGUUAUAUUAGGCAUCUUAUUUGUGACUUUUUUUAAGCUCAAAAAUUGAGAUGCAUCUAAGAAUUUAUAGAAUUUACUCAAUUCUGAGACAUGUCUAUUUAUUGAGUUCUUAAGAUUUGAAAAUGAGGUGCAGCGUACAAAGUUGACAGCCUACUACAUUUGCAAGAAAACUCAUCAAUUUUUGUAACAAGUGUAAUUAUAUCAGGAUAUUUACUAUUUAGUAUUCAAAAUGUUCAUGGGGAAAAAAAAGUAGCUGUUAGUAAUGUAUCUCAUGAAGAUAAAAUGCUGACAGUUACAAAUUAACCACUGUGCAAGCAAGACUCUUGCUUGUAUUUCAGAAAGACAUGGAGCACUUUUCAUUUUCGAGAACCUCUUCUCAUUUAAGGCUAAAGCAGCCUUUGAUCCGAGGCAGAGAUUUCCAGAGCCAUGCUAAAUAAAUACAAGGUAAACUACUACAGCCUUAGCAUGAUCACUGUGUGGAGAGCAAACUACGUACUUAGAACAACCAAUGUACCAUAGUUAACAUUUACAUUUUAUGAAUACAUGUUACUUAAAUUGAAGUGCACCUUAUAUUUGUAGGUAACAUGACCUUUUAUAGAGACACUAAGUCUUAAAAGACAAAUGCAUCUUUACAAUCAAUAAUUUCUUAGAUUUAAAUAAAUGCAUUUUGUGUUAUACCCAUAUUUCACAGGUUAGAUUCCAAUUACUUUAUAAAGCUUUGUAGUGCUUUAAGCCCAUUUGAGUGAUUUUUUUUCUAUCUAUAUUCUAGAUAUAAUUUUUUUUUUUAGCAAUAUGUAAUACUGGGUGCAGAACUAAGCCAUACAACUUUGAAUUAAGUCAUGGCAUCAGCAUUAACUUUUAAAAUGUUUAAUGUUAGUAUUUUUUAUUAAGAAUAUAUAUAUGAGUAACAUAAAAUGUCCAAAUAUUUAUGAAAAUAUCUGAAGUUGUGGGUUUACUUAGAAUAAGACAUAAUAAAGUUCUUGUUGCCACACUAGAAGUUUUCCUGCUUAGUAAAUCUAAGCAAUAGAUACUUCAUACACAGACACAAAUAUUUUCAAAGUUCCUUCGAUACUUAUGAGGGUUUUAUUGCAGUAUUUUUUAACCAUUUGUCUCUUUAGGCCUCCAUCAUAAAGUUUUUUUGUUUGUUUUCCCCUCCCCCUGGGGCUAUAAUGGAAUCAUUGUAAUCACAUUUUAUUCAUUAAAGAAAAUUAAAUAUACUGAAAUGCUUAAAAAAUAGUUUAUUUAUCUAAUUUUAACAUAAUGUGCUACAGAAACCAAAUAUGUACUAAACAAGAUAAGGUUUAGCAAAAUUAUUCAAUACAUUCCAGCGAUUAUUUUGCGAAAAUGUUGUUGUCAAAGCUUGUUAUACGGUCCAUUUUGCCUAGGUUGUAUUUAGCUGUAGUAUUUAAAGGUUUUGUCAAAAUGAUUGCAGUGGUUUUUUAGUUUUAUGUUGCCAUAUAAUAAGAAUGACAUUUUUAAAGACACUAUUAUAUUGAUUGUCUACUAUAAAAACAUCAGUAAAGAAGGUUUUGUAAUAAUAAUAAUAAUAAUAAUAAAGUUAUAAGUGGAAUUCCCAAUAGAGCUUUAUUAAAUAUGUAAGUUUGUAUUGCAGUAAAAAGCUUUAUAUCUGUCGGGGUCCCAAAUUAUCUGUUGAUUAUUAAAAGUGAAGAACAUUUAAUGUGCAUGCCUGAUAAAUGUUAGAAGUUUCUUAAUAGAUUUAUUAAAUGUAAUAAAUUCCAAAAACACUGAAUUAAAAAAAGACAAUUUUUUUAACCUGCAUUAUUUUAUAUAGCCAGGUACAACUUCUAAUAUCAGAUGCACUUAAUUUCAAAAUUUAAUUUUGAGGUUGUUUGUGGGAAUUUUUGGCACUCAAGUGAUGAGAUACUUGCCAGAUACUUGCUAUGCCAGAUUAAUUUUUUUGUAUGUAUUUAGCAUCUGAACGUACCUACUUUCAGCUGGUCUGUAUGGAAACAUUUUUUGCUUGUUGAUAAUGAAAAAUGGCUUGUUAGGAUUUUUUAUGUGUUUUUGGUGGAAAACAAAACCCAUCUUGAAUAAAUGAAGACAUGGACUUAGAACUGUCUGUGUUUAGAUUACACCGUGUUUGGCAGAGAAACUUGAAGCAAGGCAACAGAGAGAGUUGUUAGUUGGCUAUCUUGCCACUGUGUUCCCUAGAUUACAGCUGUUCUGUUUUAUGCUGUGGUGAACCGAAACAGCCGUUCCUAUUGUCAUCUUCCAUUAGUGAGUAGUAACAGUAUAAUAGUAUUGCUGCUGUUGUAGGUCUUAAACUGUGUGAUGCGUACUGUCUGAGCCAAAAGUCUUGGCAGCUAUAACCCCUUGUUGCCUGCUCAUUGGCUCUAGGAAUGGUUUGGGUGUACAUGACAUUUGUUAAGUCUAGGAUUUAUACAGACAAGUUACAAAGAUAUUUAUAGAAAAUCUUUUUGAAGGUUUUUGGCGGUAUAAAUGCAUUGCAACAUGAGUUUUCACCCACUGAGACAUUUGGCACAGACAAUAUGUAAGAUGUAAAAACCGGUCCAAAAAUUAACCAUUUAAAUGUACUUGGCACAUUAAAGGAUUGAAAUGUUCUUAAACAUGAUUAUACUGCGUAGAAUGUAUUCAUAAACAUCUUUGGUAUGGUGUAAACGAAAGUGUCUCAUUUUAUAUAGCUGCCCAUUUGCAGAGAUUUUACUGCUUUUAGAUAAUGUUGAAUCAUUGCAGAAAAGGAUGUAUUACCUAUGUUGAAAGCUGUUCUUUAUAAAUCAGUUAUAGUGGAAUUUUUAAUCUUUUUGUUUAUUGUGAUGUAAAUUUUAUUUUUGAACAUUAUUCAGAUUUGCAUCAUCACAUAAAUAUACAUACUAAUGUAAUCUAGAUUUAUUUAUUGAUAAAUAUUUAAUUAGAAUGAAUGCUUGUAACCAGCUUGUUUAUCAAUACUGUACAAAUGUAACUUUGUGAAUGUGGAUGAGUUUACUUGUAUUACUCAUGUUUAUGAAUUGACAAAUUUAUUUAUAAUUACUUGCUAAAUAUCUAUUCAAUCCCUCCUGUUUUGUCUAGAGACAUACGAGACUGUAAAAUCCAGAUAAAAUGACACAAUUAAUGACGAUGCACUUGCAAACGACUCUAUUGGCAGCAAACGUGCACGAUGGCACAACUCACCGCCAUGAUGGUUGAACAACUGUUGCUUCGUUGCCGGAAGCUGUAGAGCUACCCACCUUGGCAGGCAGCCAACUUGAAAAACUUGGCACUGCUAGCAAGCAGCUCGGGAAGUUCAAAAUUCAAAUGUUUCAAACACUAUACACUAAAUUAACACACAAUAUUUACAAGUCCAAACACCUCCUAUGCAAAUAAAUCAAACCUUAAAAAUGUUUAGUUUAAAUUCUUUUGUCACAAGAUUUUCACAAUUUAUUUUAUGUCUUGAAUCAAAAUAAAUUUUGAAAAGCAAACAUACUUAGUCUGGAUUUUUGUGGUUCGAAAGACUGUUUUGUAUUGUGUCAAAUCACAGUAUUCUAUUUUUUUUUGCAAGAAAAUCCUGUUAAUUAUUAUUUCUGUUGGAUAAGAAUACAUAUUUUAGGAAAUGAGUAUUAACAACCUGCACAUAGUACUCGUACAUAUAUGAUAGUAAUUCAACUCUGAACUGUCACACACGUACGUAUGUACAUGUGAACUUGCGUAUUUUUUUUAUUUCUGCAAGCGAAUGCAGAAGCUAUUUUCAACCUUUUCAAAUAAUCAGACUGAACGGCUAGUCAGCAAUUGAAAUUAUUUAAUUUCAGCUUUAUACAUACUACAUAUUGUGUUUAUUAAAAUUUUUUUUUUUAUGAUAAAAUUUCUUUAUAUGGUUGUGUGAAUUUUCAGUAUAAUGUUGAUAUCAGGAAAAUCAGAACAUUCAUUUUUUGAUUUCAAUUGUAAAUUGUUAGUAAAUGCCAUAUCAAAUUGAGUAUUUAAGUGCCAGAAGAAAGUUCAUGUAGUGUAAAUGAAAUAAUCAAACUAGUUGCACAAAAAUAUUUUUUCUUUUAGAAUCAAAUUAUUUAAUGCAUUUAAAUAAAAUAUAACAAAAAAAUUCAAUUUUUUAUAUUUUAAAUAUAAUAAUUACCCAAAUGUCAAAUAUGACUGAAUUCAAGACAGAAUAUUUUUAUAUUCCAUUAGAAUAGAAAAAAUUUUAUACGUCUGACAACAAUUUUCAUUAAGAAGUUAACCUUAGUAAAGAAUUUCAGUUGCGUGAAAUGAAAAUAUAGUAACUGUUUUACAUUUUGAUUUUGUUAAAGAAUAGCAGCAGUUGCAAUAAUUAUGUAUAAUGUUAUUAUCAUUUACUUUUAACAUGUUUAAAAGUUUUUUUCUAGUACUUAUUUGAAUUACAGUAGAAAAUAUCCAAUUAUAUACCUUAUUUAAAAAAUAAAAUUUUUGUCAAGGCAUUUUUGAUAAUUUGUUUAAGGUUACGUAUGUGGUUGUAUGCCAAUACAAAUGCACCAAAGAAAGCUAGCUAGGUAUAAGUUGUGUAUCCAUCUUUAUUUAGUGUUUUAAAUACAUUGUUAAAAUGAGUUUUGUAAAUAUGUGUUAUCAUUAAUACUUUUUCUGUUGUAUAAAAUAUAUAUAGUACAUGGGUGUCUAUCACA